GCCGUUGCGCAAUUUUUCCCCCUUUUAUUCAACCAAAUCUCGCUGGCUUUCUUUUUACAUUAUUCAAUGCAUUAUUUUUGAACUUUGAGUUGUCUUUCUCACACACACUCACACACUACAUAUUUCCCGCUUCCCCCAUUUCGCAACUGUCUUAGCUUAUCUUCAAUUCAUUUCCCUUUAAUUUCUCUCUUUCAUUAUAAUACAGAUCGUCUCUAUCAAUUCCCUCUCCCUAAGGAAGAUUUUGUUUUAAUUAUUUAUUUUAAUUUUUUUUUGUUUUUUGCGUGUGGAAAUUCUGUGAAAUUUAUCCAUGGAGGUUUCUCCCAAGGAAAAAUCCUCUGCUUCUGCAAAUGUGAGCCGAUCCACCACGAAGCUUCUCCGAUAUCCGCUCCGAUCAUCGACUAAACCAAAGGAUGAUAAGCAGCCGUUGGGCGAUUCAUCCAACUCUGCUUUAACCAGAAGCAGGGGAAGGGCAGUCGCUGAUGUCAGUAAGAGCGUUGGCCUUCUUGAUCUCUCAGGAAAGAACAAGGAAAAAUCUGUCAAGCCUCCAAGAAGGCUAUCUAUUCCUGCGAAGUCAUCAGCCAGUCCUGCUCCCAAACCACUUGGAAGUGUUACCCCUGUUUCAGAGGUCAGAUCAAGGAAGUCCUGUGGCAACUUGGGAAGGACUGGCACACCACAUCCAGCUGCUUCAAAAUCAUUUCUUGCAAGGAAGUUCAAUGGUCUAACCUCAGCAUCGUAUUGGCAGUCUCUGAUUAAGCUUUCUGAAUCUGCAGCUAGACACUCAGUUUCUCUUGGUUUUUUCAAACUUGCUUUAGAGUUUGGAUGCGAGCCUCUUCAACUUUUGAGGGAUGAGUUAAAGCUAUACAUACGUCACCAUGACCUAGCUGAGUUUGAAGACACUAUCAAGGAACUACGUGAAGGCUACAACAUUUUGGAGAACACAGAGCAGUUGCAGGUCUCUGAAACUUGUUCACAUAAUCCCGAGGAAAUCAGAUCAUCUGAUGACGAUGUUCGUAGUGCUUCAUCUGUACGAACUUCUCAGGAACUGAAAUUGAAGCCCUCGAACGACAGUUCUCCAGGAAAUAAUCAAGUUAGGAAUGCUAAAAAAGAGGCAACAAGAAAGAAUGAUUCCGCAACUAGAGUCAGAGGAUCAGUGACCAAGGAUGCUGUAAAACCAAAACCCACUGUGGGACCUGUUGUUGGAAAACCCCAAAGCAGAAUGCAGAAAACUCAAAAGCAGGAACCGAAGGACUCUAAGAUGAAGAAGCAGACAAAGGAAUCCUCUGAUGCACAAGGUAAAUCACUUGGAAAUGACACUGAUGUGGAUCAUAAUAUAUGAUGGAUCUUACAUGCUGCUCAUUAGUUAUAACUGUUACAGGACCCCUUAACUCCCCUCCAGUGGAGAAUGAGCUUCAAGAGAAUAAAGAAAACAUGGUAAUUAUCCUUUUCAUUGUUGUAUCGUGGAACUUGUUUGUGUUUCGGAUUUCUCUCUCGGAAACAAUACAAGCUUAUCUUAACUCAAAGCUUCUUGAUUGCAAUUAUCUGAACUUGAUUAUGCAUUGGCAAUUUCCCUGGUGUAGGAUGCCGUGCUGAGUGAAGAGAUGACUGUGUCUGACAUUGGUCAGGCAUGAAGAUGAAGGAAGCUCCAAAAUGCAAAUAUCCUGCCUGGUCUGGUCUUCAUUGUUUUAUUUUGGGGGCUUUUCCUUUGUAUAGAUAGAUACAGCCACAGCUUUACAUGAUUUUUCAGUCCGGAACUUUGGCAUUGUGUGAAGACUGAUGUGUGAAGGUUUCAUUUCUGCAUUUGUUUGAUUCAUUAUUGUGUAAACCAGGUUAUUACCGAUACAUGAUGUGUUUAGCUUUAUACAUAAUCAGCGUUUUGGUGUGAUAUUUUUCGGGAAAUCAAAGGCUAAACACCCCAUUUUUCAC